AUGGCCUCCUCUGCCAUCACCGCUGUUGGUAGAGAUGCAGAGGUAGAGAUGUCUGCUGCAGUGGAAAAGGGAAAGAAACUGGGUGCAGAACGUUGCUUCUUAUACACUUCCACCUAUGCUACAUUAUUUUCUCUUUCUGUGUUUCAACAGGCCUUAAACAGGGGCAUCGCUGCUGUCAAAGAAGAUGCUGUGGAAAUGCUGGCCAGCUAUGGGCUGGCAUACUCCCUGAUGAAGUUCUUCACGGGUCCAAUGAGUGACUUCAAAAAUGUGGGUCUGGUGUUUGUGAACAGCAAGCGAGACAGGACCAAAGCAGUUUUGUGCAUGGUUGUGGCAGGAGCUGUAGCUGCUAUAUUUCAUACCUUAAUAGCAUAUAGCGAUUUGGGGUAUUAUAUUAUUAAUAAGCUGCACCAUGUGGAUGAAUCAGUGGGAAGUAAAACUCGGAGGGCCUUCCUUUAUCUUGCUGCCUUCCCUUUUAUGGAUGCCAUGGCAUGGACCCAUGCUGGGAUUCUACUGAAACACAAGUACAGUUUCCUAGUGGGAUGUGCCUCCAUCUCCGAUGUCAUAGCUCAGGUUGUUUUUGUAGCCAUUUUGCUUCACAGUCACUUGGAGUGCAGGGAGCCUCUCUUGAUACCCAUCUUGUCCUUAUACAUGGGAGCACUUGUCCGAUGCACCACAUUAUGCCUCGGAUACUACAGGAACAUACAUGAUGUCAUUCCUGACAGAAGUGGUCCUGAAUUGGGGGGAGAGGCUACAAUAAGGAAGAUGCUGAGUUUCUGGUGGCCUUUGGCAUUAAUUUUGGCAACUCAGCGAAUAAGUAGGCCCAUUGUCAACCUUUUUGUCUCCCGGGACCUAGGUGGCAGUUCUGCAGCCACAGAGGCGGUGGCGAUUCUGACAGCUACGUAUCCUGUGGGACACAUGCCUUAUGGCUGGUUGACAGAGAUCAGAGCAGUAUACCCUGCUUUUGACAAGAAUAACCCCAGCAAUAAAUUGGUGAACACCAACAGCACUGUCACAGCAACACAUAUCAAGAAGUUUACUUUUGUUUGCAUGGCAUUGUCCUUAACGCUCUGUUUUGUGAUGUUUUGGACACCAAACGUGUCAGAGAAGAUUUUAGUUGACAUAAUUGGAGUAGAUUACGCCUUUGCAGAGUUGUGUGUUGUUCCUUUGCGCAUCUUCUCCUUCUUUCCACUUCCAGUGACUGUCAGAGCACACUUGACUGGUUGGCUGAUGACUCUGAAGAAGACGUUUGUGUUGGCACCCAGCUCAGUGCUGCGGAUUAUCGUCCUCAUCACUAGUCUCAUUGUGCUGCCUUAUUUAGGAGUUCAUGGAGCCACUCUUGGAGUAGGAUCCCUUCUAGCUGGUUUUAUAGGAGAAUCCACCAUGGUUGCAAUAGCAGCCUGUUACGUCUAUCGCAAGCAGAAAAAGAAGAGGAAUGAGAAUGAAACAGCUGCGGAAGGUGAAGACUCUGCCAUGACCGACAUGCCUCACACAGAGGAAAUGACAGACAUCGUAGAAAUGAGAGAAGAGAAUGACUAAUAAAGGGGAUGCAAUUGUUCUCUGCAGGGACGAUUGGAGUGACACUUCAGCAUCUUGUCGUCUCUCAUACUUUUUUGUUUGUUCGUUUUUAUUUUUGUAAUAAAGAGGCCUUGAUU